UCGGCCUGCCAUUUUAACCGGGGGUGUGUGAGCGCUGAGCGAGAGGCUCGUCAGGGGAGCGGGAUGGAAGCAGAGAGAGGAGAGACAGAGCGUCCUGCCUACACUUCCACCACAGCCGAGCGGAGCAGCAGCAGCAGCAGCAUCGAGCCACUGCGAGAGCACUGAGAACCCCAGUCCGAGUCUCCUCUGCAGCGGGGUCACACGCACCUGGAGGCCGCAGGAGGACCACAGGGAUUACCGUCCUGGAGGAAUAGUCUGACAGCCCGGAGGAGCUCGUUUUUUUUAAAAAAAAAAAACAAAAAAAAACAAAAGAAGGAAAUCCUUCAGCGCUUUGCGAGAAAAAAAAAAACUUCAACACAAAGCUUCGCUUCUGCAAGUGCACUUAGACUUUGCUCAGCCUUCUGACAGGAGCCGUUUCACCUUAAUUAGAAAUCAUCAUUAAUCACUUCCACUUAACACGAAUCUCCCAGUGACGGACACUGAUUUGAUGAAGAAUGAUUCCACUUUGUGAGACUGUCUGUCAGCACCUCUGACCCUUUACUUCUUCUUCUUUUUUUUUCUUUUUCUUUUUUUUUUGGUGUGGAUUUCUGUGAAAUCUGUGGACUUGGUUGUUCGAUCCGUAGCUUAAAUAAUCGAGAUCAGCUGGACUUCUCCAGCCUUUUACGGAUCCUGGUUAGAAUUUACUGGAAGAGCGUUUCACCUCCAUCCAACAUGCGACCCAUCCCAUCCAGACUCAGCUAUCUGUUUCUACACUUAUUCGCGUUUUGCUACUACGCUCAGGUAACCAAUCAGUCCCCGCCUAAUUUCACGCAGCAUGUAAGCGAGCAGAGCAAAGUGACCGACCGCGUGAGCCGCAGGCUGAUCCGGAUCUACCAGCUGUACAGCCGGACCAGCGGCAAGCAUGUCCAGGUCCUGCCCAACAAGAAGAUCAACGCCAUGGCGGAUGAUGGGGAUGUGCACGCGAAACUCAUUGUGGAAACGGACACCUUCGGGAGCCGAGUGCGCAUCAAGGGAGCAGAGACGGGCUUCUACAUCUGCAUGAACAAGAAGGGGAAGCUCAUCGGCAAGGAAAACGGGCAAGGCCGCGAUUGCAUUUUCACCGAGAUCGUCUUGGAGAACAACUACACGGCGCUGAGGAACGCCCGCUACGAGGGCUGGUACAUGGCCUUCACGCGGCGCGGGCGGCCACGGAAAGGCUCGCGGACACGUCAGCAUCAGCGUGAGGUCCAUUUCAUGAAGAGGCUGCCGAAGGGGCAGCAGCCCACCCACACGAGCCACCACCGGCCUUUUGACUUCAUCCACUACCCUUUCAGUCAAAGGACUAAACGUACACGGUUCUCAUCAGAGCGCUGAGGGGGAGGAAGACAGAGAAAAGCAGAAUGAGGGAGAAAGAGGAGAAACUGACAGACUGACUGAAUUACCAGCAGCCGACACAUUCCUUUCUCCCUCAAAAAAAAAAAAAAGAAGUCCCCCAGAGACUUUUU